CGGUCGCAGCCGGGCGGAUCCACGCAGGUCCGCGCAGCCUCGCCACCAUGCCCGCGUCCUGGACCCGCGCUCUCUGCCUCGGUGCGUGCCUGCUGCUGCUGAGGCCCGAGCCCGCGCGCGCGGAGGGAGCCGUUCCCAUCGCUGUCACCUGCUUUACCAGAGGCUUGGAUAUCAGGAAAGAGAAAGUGGAUGUUCUCUGCCCAGGGGGCUGCCCUCCUGAGGAAUUUUCUGUCUUUGGGAACAUAGUGUACGCUUCUGUAUCCAGCAUCUGUGGGGCUGCGGUCCACAGGGGAGUAAUCGGCACCUCAGGGGGACCUGUGCGUGUUUAUAGCCUACCUGGUCGAGAGAACUAUUCCUCAGUAGAGGCCAAUGGUGUCCGGUCUCAGACACUGUCCAGAUGGUCUGCUUCCUUCACGGUGACUAAAGGCAAAAGCAGUACCCAGGAAGCCACGGGACAGGCGGUGUCCACAGCCCAUCCACCAGCAGGUAAACGGCUAAAGAAAACGCCAGAGAAGAAAACCGGAAAUAAAGACUGUAAAGCAGACAUUGCAUUUCUGAUCGACGGAAGCUUUAAUAUUGGGCAGCGCCGAUUUAAUUUACAGAAGAAUUUUGUUGGGAAAGUGGCUUUAAUGUUGGGAAUUGGAACAGAAGGACCACACGUGGGCCUCGUUCAAGCCAGUGAACAUCCAAAAAUAGAAUUUUACUUGAAAAAUUUUACAUCAGCCAAAGACGUUUUGUUUGCCAUAAAAGAAGUAGGUUUCCAAGGGGGUAAUUCCAAUACAGGAAAAGCCUUGAAGCACACUGCUCAGAAAUUCUUUACAGCGGAUACAGGUGUAAGAAAAGGGAUCCCAAAAGUGGUGGUGGUGUUUAUUGACGGCUGGCCUUCUGAUGACAUCGAGGAAGCAGGCAUUGUGGCCAGGGAGUUCGGUGUCAAUGUAUUUAUAGUCUCUGUGGCCAAGCCUGUCCCUGAAGAACUGGGGAUGGUUCAGGAUGUUGCAUUUGUUGACAAGGCUGUGUGUCGGAAUAACGGCUUCUUCUCUUACCACAUGCCCAACUGGUUUGGCACCACAAAGUAUGUCAAACCCCUGGUGCAGAAGCUUUGCACUCACGAGCAGAUGAUGUGCAGCAGGACCUGCUACAACUCAGUGAAUAUUGCCUUUCUGAUUGAUGGCUCCAGCAGCGUUGGAGACAGUAAUUUCCGCCUUAUGCUUCAGUUUGUUUCCAACAUAGCCAAGACUUUUGAAAUCUCAGACAUUGGCGCCAAGAUCGCAGCUGUACAGUUCACUUACGAUCAGCGCACGGAAUUCAGUUUCACUGACUAUACCACCAAAGAGAACGUCCUAGCUGUUAUAGGGAACAUCCGCUACAUGAGUGGGGGAACAGCCACUGGUGAUGCCAUCGCCUUUACUGUUAGAAAUGUAUUUGGUCCCAUUAGACACAGUCCCAACAAGAACUUCCUGGUAAUUAUUACAGAUGGGCAGUCCUAUGAUGACAUCCGAGGCCCAGCUGCUGCCGCCCAUGAUGCAGGUAUCACUAUCUUCUCCGUUGGUGUGGCUUGGGCACCCUUGGAUGACCUGAAAGAUAUGGCCUCUAAGCCCAAGGAGUCCCAUGCUUUCUUCACAAGAGAGUUCACAGGAUUGGAACCAAUUGUCUCCGAUGUUGUUAGAGGCAUUUGUAGAGAUUUCUUAGAAUCCCAGCAAUAAUUGUGACAUCCUGACAACUCAAAGAAUAUGUGCAAAAGGAUCUAAUGUGCAAAUUGUAGGCUCACAAUACCUGAAUAACUAUAUAGUAUUCCCAGAUCAGAUACUUAAUAAUUAUGUCAACAGCUGUCUUAAGCAAAUAAACAUUCAUCUGAAGCGCCCGACUUCUGAUUACAAUUGAGAUUUCAGUUGGUUCACAACACUUGGAUGAGGUUUCAUAAUCAGGGUCCUCAGAGACUCAGGAAAGAGGAGAUGUCGUAGGUCCAAACCAUAGCUCAGAUAUGCCUAUAAAUGUAGACAAGAAUUUCAUAGCUCAAUUUAAGAAAAUCUGAUAGACCCAAAGCAA